GGGCUGCUGGCGGCGCCCGGCUGCUGGGACUCCACAGCCGAGCCCAGGGGCUGCGGCGACUGCCUUCGCGCGACCCGGCGGGCCCAGCUCGGCCGCCGGGAGCCCGCGCUGCCCGCGCCUCCUGCCUGGCGGAGCCCAACGCGAGCGCCUCGUACCCGAGCCAGAUGGGGGGCAGGAUGCGGACCUGUGCACCUUGAGCCGGCCUCAUGACCCUGAGCACGUUGACCCGCGAAAGGAAGGCGCCUCUCGCCUGCACCUGCAGCCUCAGUGGCCCCGACAUGAUCCCCUACUUCUCCGCCAACGCGGUCAUCUCGCAGAACGCCAUCAACCAGCUCAUCAGUGAGAGCUUUCUAACUGUCAAAGGUGCUGCCCUUUUUCUACCACGGGGAAAUGGCUCAUCCACACCAAGAAUCAGCCACAGACGCAACAAGCAUGCAGGUGAUCUCCAACAGCACCUCCAAGCAAUGUUCAUAUUACUACGCCCAGAAGACAACAUCAGGCUGGCUGUAAGACUAGAAAGUACUUACCAGAAUCGAACACGCUAUAUGGUAGUGGUUUCCACUAAUGGUAGACAAGACACUGAAGAAAGCAUCGUUCUAGGAAUGGAUUUCUCCUCUAAUGACAGUAGCACUUGUACCAUGGGUUUAGUCCUGCCUCUCUGGAGUGACACCCUAAUUCAUUUGGAUGGCGAUGGUGGGUUCAGCGUAUCAACAGAUAACAGAGUCCACAUAUUCAAACCUGUAUCUGUGCAGGCAAUGUGGUCUGCACUGCAGAGUUUACACAAGGCUUGUGAAGUGGCCAGAAUGCAUAACUACUACCCAGGCAGCCUGUUUCUCACCUGGGUGAGUUACUAUGAGAGCCACAUCAACUCAGACCAGUCAUCAGUCAAUGAAUGGAAUGCCAUGCAGGAUGUGCAGUCCCACCGGCCCGACUCUCCAGCUCUCUUCACCGACAUACCAACUGAACGUGAGCGAACAGAAAGACUAAUUAAAACCAAAUUAAGGGAGAUUAUGAUGCAGAAGGAUUUGGAGAAUAUCACAUCGAAAGAGAUACGAACUGAGUUGGAAAUGCAAAUGGUAUGCAACUUGCGAGAAUUUAAGGAAUUCAUAGAUAAUGAAAUGAUAGUGAUCCUUGGUCAGAUGGAUAGCCCUACACAGAUAUUUGAGCAUGUGUUCUUGGGCUCGGAAUGGAAUGCCUCGAACUUAGAGGAUUUACAGAACCGAGGGGUGCGGUAUAUCUUGAAUGUCACUCGAGAGAUAGAUAACUUCUUCCCAGGAGUCUUUGAGUACCAUAACAUUCGGGUUUAUGAUGAAGAGGCAACAGAUCUCCUGGCUUACUGGAAUGACACUUACAAAUUCAUCUCUAAAGCAAAGAAACACGGAUCUAAGUGCCUUGUGCACUGCAAAAUGGGGGUGAGUCGCUCGGCCUCCACUGUGAUUGCCUACGCAAUGAAGGAAUAUGGCUGGAACCUGGACCGAGCCUAUGACUAUGUGAAGGAAAGACGAACUGUGACCAAGCCCAACCCCAGCUUCAUGAGACAACUGGAAGAGUACCAGGGGAUCUUGCUGGCAAGCAAACAGCGGCAUAACAAGCUCUGGAGAUCUCAUUCAGAUAGCGACCUCUCAGACCACCACGAACCCAUCUGCAAACCAGGGCUAGAACUCAACAAGAAGGAGAUCACCACCUCAGCGGACCAGAUUGCCGAGGUGAAGACCAUGGAGAGUCACCCACCCAUACCUCCCGUCUUCGUGGAACAUGUAGUCCCACAAGAUGAAAAUCAGAAAGGCCUAUGUACCAAAGAAAGAAUGAUCUGCUUGGAGUUUACUUCCAGGGAAUUUCAUGCUGGACAGAUCGAAGAUGAAUUAAACCUAAAUGACAUCAAUGGAUGCACAUCAGGGUGUUGUCUCAGUGAAUCAAAAUUCCCUCUUGACAACUGCCAUGCAUCCAAAGCCUUAAUCCAACCUGGACAGGCCCCAGAAAUGGCCAACAAGUUUCCAGACUUAACAGUCGAAGAUUUGGAGACAGACGCACUGAAAGCAGACAUGACCGUCCACUUACUGCCUAUGGAAGAAUUGACAUCUCGCCUGAAAGACCUCCCCAUGUCCCCUGAUCCUGAGUCACCGAGCCCCCAACCCAGUUGCCAGGCUGACGUCUCAGAUUUCAGUACAGAUCGCAUUGAUUUUUUUAGUGCCCUAGAGAAGUUUGUAGAGCUUUCUCAAGAAACCCGGUCACGAUCUUUUUCCCAUUCAAGGAUGGAGGAACUGGGUGGAGGAAGGAGUGAGAGCUGUCGAUUGUCGGUGAUAGAAGUAGCCCCUUCUGAAGUGACAGCUGACGAUCAGAGAAGCACCUCUUUGAGUAAUACGCCUCAUGUAUCUGAAGAAUCUUCAAUAGAUGAGGAACAGUCAAAGGCAAUCUCGGAACUGGUCAGCCCAGACAUCUUCAUACAAUCUCAUUCAGAAAAUGCAAUCUCAGUCAAAGAAAUCGUCACUGAGAUUGAAUCUAUCAGUCAAGGAGUUGGACAGAUUCAACUGAAAGGAGACAUUCUGUCUAACCCAUGCCAUACACCAAAGAAGAACGCCGCCCAUGAGAUGCCCCUUGAGGGGGCCCAGGCCCUGGAGGACAGACCUGGAAACGAGCAGAAUGGGGGUUCCUGCACAGCCCAGCCGGAACUAGUCAAAGACUCAGGGAAGUGGGACCCAGAAGGCUGCCUAACUGCACACUCGUCCACCACAGACUUGGAAGAAGAGGAACCAGCUGAGGGCGAACAAGAGCUCUGGGGCCCAGGGGUGCACCCAGGUGCCAAGUGGUGCCCUGGGUCCGUGAGGCGGGCCACCUUGGAGUUUGAAGAGCGCUUGCGGCAGGAGCAAGAGCACCACGGCGCCACCCCCACAUGUACCUCAGUGCCCGCUCGCAAGAAUUCCAAGAACGAUUCCUCUGUGGCGGACCUAGCACCAAAAGGGAAGAGUGAUGAAGCCACCCUAGAACAUGCCUUUGUCCCCAAGGAAGCAGAGAUGAACAAGGGCAAAGGGAAAUGCGGUGGGUCUGAGGCUGGCUCACUGCCCCACUGUGAGCAGGAUGCCGUCGUCACUCCAGCGCCCGCGCUGCCGGAGUUUCAGGCCUUGCCAGCUCCCCAGGGCUGCCCAGGGCCAGAUCCUAGGACAGAGCAAGAAGGGGUCCUGAAGGUGCAGAGGACUGUGGUUUCAUGCCAGGGACCCGAGACACAGGCAUUUCCUCUUCCUGUUUCCAAGAAGAUAGAAAUCAUUGAGUAUACCCAUACGGUGACAUCAGCUGACCUCACUGGGCCAGAGGGUGAAACGGCCACCGGUGAGGAGCAAGGACUGAGGAAAGUGAAAGUGGAAAAGUCCCUCACUGUCCUCUGUGCACUGGAUGAAAAUCUGAACAGGACGCUGGGCCCCGACCACCUUUCUCUGCACCCCAAAGUGCUACCUCUGCCUCCCUCUUCAUCUCCUGAGCACAGCAGGCCCGCUCACCAGACCUCCGCCAUGAGCAGCCCUGGAGCUGGGGGUUGUGGCCCAUCCACAGCCCGGGACACAGCAGCGCCUUUUGUCAGCCACACGACUCACGUACCGUCCGCCAACUUGGAUUACCUGCAUCCGCAGGCCGUGGUCCACCUGGAAGGUGUCACCGAGCAAAGUAGCACCACAGACGGCGAGCCCCCUACGGAGCAGGGUGGCCAGGAAGCAAAUCAGGAGGGUCCCCUCUCCAGUGACCGUGAAGUGUCAGAUAAGGGCUCCCAGCCAAGUAGCGAAGACCCAAGUUUAACUAGCAAACUUGGUGACAACAUUGGGAAGUUACAAGAAAAACCGGACCCGUCACCUGUAGCCUGUAGCCUCCCACACGGCUCUAGUGGUGACAGUGUAAAGGGCUCCCGUGUGGUGAAGGAGCACGCUAAAGAAAUGGAGUCCCGAGCCGUGUGCCAGGGAGGGCUCAGCAAGCCACCCCAAAUGCGGCGCUCCACCUCCCUCGCCAAGUUAGGUUACUUGGACCUCUGUAAAGACUGUUUACUGGAGAGGGAGCCCAUUUCCUCGGAGUCCCCUCAUCUCAAACUGCUUCAGCCCUUCAUCAGAACGGACUCCGGCAUGCAUGCCAUGGAGGCCCACGAGCCCCCAGAAAACCCAGAUGCCCCCCAGGACCCAGAGCCCACCAAGUAUUUUAUAGAGCAACUUAAAACAACAGAGUGUGUCGUGCAGAGCAAGCCCGUAGAGAGGCCCCUCGCACAGUAUGCCAAAGAAUUUGGUUACAGUCAGCAGUGUUUGCUCCCCAAGGCAGGACCUGAAUUGACUACUAGCUCUGAAGGAGGCCUUCCUCUCCUACAGACCCGGGGGCCGCAGUACGCAGGCCCAGCUCCAGGGCUGGCUUGGGCUCCCCUCCAUCAGCAGCACAGCAGAACUCACCCCCUGAGGAGGCUGAAAAAGGCAAAUGAUAAAAAGCGGACAACCAACCCCUUCUAUAAUACCAUGUGAUUCUGAGCCUACACAUGUGACUUUCUAAAAGAAAUGUUUGUAAAAGGGGCAGGUGUAAUAUGUAAGGAACAUGCACUUUAUUGGUUAGUUUUAUAAUAUUUUGGUCAUUUUACUGUUCCUGGCGCAUGCAGGGUUUGGGUUUUUUUUUUUCUCUGUGUGUGUGAGAGCGAGAUUGAUUUGGACGGCAAGACCAUUUUAUCAUUUUUUUUUAUUUUUAGAAAAUUCAAACCUCAAAAAAUACUCAUUUUCGUAGAACACCUUUAUCAAAGGCACAUUGCUGUUUUUCAGGCAACUGCCACCUGCUUCUCUCCUUUCGCCCUCUGAGAGAAAAGGUGAGCUUGCUUGCUUAAGAAAGGAAAGCAGCCGGGAACGGUGGGGAAGAAGCCGGAAAUUGGAAAUGCUCCCCUGGGCCCCGUGUGUGGAGGGUAUGCUCGGCAGACCUGAUGCAUCAGGUGGGCUGAUGGGCAGCUGGACUGGAUGUCAGCGUGCUCUUGGUCCUCAGCUCCGGCCCAUGGGAAUUCCUGAAGUGGACAAGUUCUGCUCUGCUUGCCGGGGAGGUUGGGGAGGGAGGGUGUGGAGGUUACAGAAUCCAUUUCUUGUACUCCAGAGUGGAUCAUUACAGAAAGGCGUUAUAAUGGCCGGCUUUGUAAACUUACCAAGCAAAUAUAUUUUUUCCCAAGCAAAUAAUUUUUUUAUUAAAUUAAAAGCAAACCCCCAACAAAACCCACGAGGUCCUCUGUAGAGGAAAGCAUAAGAAGGAGGAGGUGAAGUCGGAGGUGGGGAGGCUGCUGCCCAAUCUUAGGAUCCUUGGGCUGCACACAGGUGGUGGUCCUGGCCCCCUGCCGGAAAUGGGCUCUGCAGCUCCUCCCAGCUCAGGUCCAAUAGCCACAAGUUUGAAAAACAGCAAUUGAAAGUCAGUGUGUUCUUGUAAAAUGAAUACAUAUGUAGGGUUUUAACCCUUUCGUUACUUGAAUAAUUCUGUGGGCCUUUUGAGUUUAAUGGCCAUAUUUUUUUCAAUUUGUUUUUUCCCCCUUCAUGCUGUUUCUCCCAGUGCUGCCUAUUUUUUUUUAAUUUCAUAGAUGAUAUUUGAUUGUUACAUUACAUAUGUAUAACCUCCAUUGAAUGCAAAGUUUUCUUUUUGAUAUUAUCACUGUUAACACUUGACAUAAGUUUUUUUUCCCCUUUUCCUGGAAGAUUUGUCAUUUCUCUAGUUUAUACACAGUAUUUAUGUACAUAAUGUCACUUUCUUACAGUGUUUUGUUGAUGUCAUAGGGCCUUUUUGAUUUAUUCUUUUUAAGGAGUAAAGCUGCAACUGGAAAACACAGACACCACAGAAAUAAAACUGAUGGGCGUUGGUAGGAAUCUGCAGAGUAUAUUGACAGUGGUUGUAAUUGUUUAAAUGGAGACUCCUAAUUGCCAGCUCCUGCCAAAUUAUGCGUUAUUAGUAACUUCCUCCCCAGAGAAACCCCUAAAGGUUCCCAUUAGAUCACAGUUUGACUGAAGGCUGAUUUUUCUUUGAGACUGAAGCCUCAGAACCUUGUUUGUGGGCAGCAGAACCACAGCAGGGUGUGUGUGAGUGCUCCUGCUGCUCAGGCUUGCGAGGCUGCAGGGAGGCCUCAGCCCAGGGCAGGCGCCCUGCGUGACUCCAGCUAGGAUGCUGUUGCUUUGCUGCUAUUGUGGAGAUCCUUACCACAGGAGCACCUGCCACAAACAAGCCUCUUUCUGCUCCUUUCCGAAAACAUAUUUAGCCUGGAAUGAAACACCCUCUGCAAGUCAUCAAAGCUGAAGAGGUUUGCAAACUUGCUUCCCGUCUGCUUUGAUUGACGUCCACGUUGCUGAGAGAUUGACCGAGUACAGACUCGAGAUGUAGGUUUUUGGUUCAUCACUGAAAGGAAAAGAGAGGUGCACAGAUUGUCAAGGUGAUGCCAGAGGCCAUUGUUUGGUGGGGGCAGGCGGUAAGGAGGGUGGCCCAAAAGAGAGAGAGAGGGGCUGAGGCCACUCAGAGGGGCUGUGAAUCUAGUUGCCAUGUGGAAGCCGUGGCUGGGUCGGACAUCACUGCCAGGAGGCAAACUGGACAAAACCCUCCUGCUCUAAGUGUCUUCGUGGUGUAGUAAUUAUAUGUACCUGUGCUGUCCCUAAGUAGUUUCCUUAAAUGUUCAAAUGUAUCAUCCACCCAGCUUUGUGGUUCCAGGACAUUUAAUGUGUUCUAACGUGUUUUGUUAGGUGGUGUGUACCAGUGUGAGGAAGCUUGCAGGACACAGUUAUGCGUUUCCAGGGUUCGUCCACCUAAGCUGGCCUGUCUUGUUGAGGCAACUGCACUACCACUAUGAUGGGGAAAGGACAGAGAAUUGUGGCAGGGGUGGGGACAGGAGGGUGUGCAUGGAGGUUAAGAGAAUGAUGUCCCUUGAGAUGGUGACAUCCCUCACAUUGAGGCGUACAAGCAGGAUAGUCAGGACUGUACUGUUCUCUCUUCUCCCCGCUACUGUGUGCACGACUCAGUGCGUUCGGUAACCAAGACGGGGGGAUCCUGCUAAUGCUGUGAAGAACAAAAACGUCUUAAAGAAUAGAGGAAAUGUUCUUGCUCUGCCUUUUUUUUAACAUUUAAUUUACCUGCCUAAAUAAACAUCCUCUCUACAGGGUCUGUAAUUCAGUCAUGCCAUGGGGUUUUGCCAGUUCUCUCAAACUCCCACCACUGGGUGUUCUUAUAUUAAUUUAUGCAGCUGAGCAGUGUCCAGGGAAAGAACAUGAUGAGCUAUCAAGGACUUUGCAGACUUCUCUUCAAGCUUGCUGAUAAUCUCGGGUGACCCAUUUCCCUCUUCUGUUCAUGGAAAACCCAGCCCUGGAACAGCAGUUCUGGUAGAUCGAGAGCUGAGGAGGAGAAGUCCUGACCUCUUGUCCAGUGCCUGUCUUUACCUGUAUUUUGAAAAACACCAUAGUCUGACUCUCAGUUGCUCUGAAGGAAUGUGUGAGUGUGUGUGUGUGUGUAAAAAGUAACAUUUUGGUGCAUGGGGUAAAAGCCCCAGGAGCACAGGUUUGGGGCUGCAGUCGGGGUGAUUACCUGGUCAGUAGGAAGGAGAGAAAGCCCCACCCUUUCUUGGAUUAGAAACACUUAGGAGUAGUGUGUAGCACAGUAGACGUGUAGUAUUGUAGUGCAGUGAUAUUCAUCUCUCCUCGUUUCGGUUGCCUUUCAGAUUCUGAAUGUUUGGGAUCAUUACUAGCAUCUCAGCCUCUUCCGGCUCCUUAUCGAGCAUUAUCCUGGUUCUAUCCCUUUAUCCCAACUGUAUUUCCUCUUUCUCGUUUGGGAAUUUACCAAGAGCUCCAAAGACAGCCUGAGGAUGCCAACCCAGGCUCUGAGGUCCCCUCCUGCUAAUGGGCCCCAGACAGAUGCUGUUGGAUAGACCUGAAGCUUCUGAGACGUGGCAGCUCGCAGAAAUCUUCACCUGGUCCACCUGAGGAUUUCAGUUCGCAAGUGAUCUAGGCAUGUUUGGUAAAGAUGUUUUUGUGGGAGUUGUGUUUUUUUUUAAGAAGCAUUAUGCAAAAAGGGUCACUUUUAAGGGCAUUUUAAAAUUUUUAAAUAAAGCCAUCCUUUGGCUUUUUUGAACAGGUGUUUGUGGAUACUUCGUUUACAUUGUAUGAGUAUUAAAACAUGCAUCAUCUUGACAGCAGCUCAGCCGCCUCCUCCAGGCCCCCAGACCUGGCUGUCCUGGGCGGCCUCACACAGCAAGGCCGUGGUGGUCAGCUCUCAUGGGUAAGCGGGGAAAGCCUGGAGCUGGCUUCCAUCUGUGUCCUGCACUCCCAUCUGACACUCUGUAUGGAAAUAGUCGUCAUUUCUUCAGUGGUUGUGUGUCUUAUAGUGAUGGUUGUCAUGGUGAAUGGCUAGUGUCGUUUUUUGGGGGGGUUUUUUGCUUUUUGAUGGUAGGUGAGGUGACAUUUUCGCUCUUUUAGCACCAAUCCAACUUAACAGGAUCUUGGACUUUGUUUUCCCUUCCAAACUAAAAGAACAAGGCAUGUAUUAGGCAUAAAUGUAUUUGCUGCCCGACCCCCAUAUUAGGAAAAAGACUGCCACCAAAGCAGGAAGCUGCACACUCCUAACCCUCCCCCCAGGGCGUGAGGUUCCUGAUGCCACGGAGAGCUACUGUACCUGUCCAGCCUGGAAGUGGAGGGUGACUAGGCCUGGCUCCUGCUGUGAAAAGAGAACUAGACUCAUGUUCUCAGUGCCCCCAGAGAUCUAGGACAGGAUUUCUAAACUGGAAUCAUCCCUCAUGGGCUGGACAAUGCCCCAAGGGGUAUAUGACUAAUGCUACCAUCUGUGUCCUCAUCUUGACCCUGGUGGCAGCAUCCUGUCUACACACAUGGAGCUAAGGCCCAGGGCUUGACUCAAGCUGAUGACCUAACCUGAAAAUUGGGUAACUGGCCCUGAAAUGUUCCCUAAUCGAUCAGCCCACAAACAAUUGUUUGGUUUUUAUGUUUUACUGGAUUUUGGUUUGCUUGGUAUAGCUUAAGGUGCCUUUUAAUUUUUUUUUCUUUCUACAUUAUUUUGUGGGACUUGUUCUAAAUGUGGAAAACAAGUCCAAAAGACUCUCCCAUUGACUGUUACCUUUACCCCAGGCCACCCCAAACUUUUAUUCUCACAUUUUAUUAAAGCAGGUGCUCCCUGGAAUCUCUGGGACCUUUUUGAGGCAUUUGAAGCAGAAUAUAAAGAGUGGUCUCAUCCCCUUCCUUAAUCUUCCUGGUGGUUGGGAUGUUCCACUUGUAUCAUAGAUUUUUUUUAUUACUGAUGUGCUCCGCUGUUUUUAAAUGUGAACUUGUGCGCAAAUGUGCAGAUUCAAUGUUCUUGUUACAGACUGAAUAAAUUUUUAUUUUGAAGAUGAAA